AAAUAGUCGUCAUGGCAUGUUAGCUGGAGAGGGGAUAAAGUAGCAAGUUUAGCUUGUGUACGUCAAUAAGUUCAACUUAUAUAAAUACUUUACAAUCUUACCGGUUAGCUGAUCCGACGUAAAUAAGUAAUAUAUUACCCCCUUCUGCAUUUCCAUUGUAAAUACAUUACGAGAGUCGAGGAAUCGUGCAGCACGUUUGUGGCCUGGAAAGACGCAUGCUAGCGUAGCUAAGCUAGCCAACCCAAACGCGGCUGUUGAGCUAAGUCCACUGAAGUGGCUAGUUUCACUAGCUAAUGCCGACUAUCAUUUUAAUCAUAUAGACUCUACUUCGCCCCAGAUAGUAUUAAUUCUGGCCGUCGUGGAGGGAAAGUUUGGUUGGAUCUAAAAUGAUAAUUGAAAACCUUGAUGCCUUGAAAACAUGGCUGUCUGAAACCCUCGAGCCCAUCUGUGAUGCAGACCCUUCUGCCCUCGCCAAGUAUGUUGUUGCUUUGGUGAAGAAAGACAAAAGUGAAAAGGAACUUAAAGCCCUUUGUAUAGACCAGUUGGAUGUAUUUCUCCAGAAAGAGACACAGCCUUUUGUGGAUAAGCUGUUUGAAGCCAUUGACAACAAAAACUACCUCCCGCAGCCAGAGCCACCAUCCACUCUGAUCAAAGUUGAGAAAGACGAGCAGAAAAAAGAUGAGACAAACCGAGAAGACGAUCGGGAGAAGAAGGUUCCUCGCCGGGUGAAUCACAGCCCACCGCAAUCAAGCUCUCGUUACAGCAGGGAUAUCAGUUCAAGGAGAGGAGAUGAUCGCAAGAGAGACGACCGUUCCAGGAAGAGGGAAUAUGACCGCGUCCCACCAAGGAGGGACUCGUACAGAGAUCGCUACAAUCGCAGAAGAGGCCGCAGUCGCAGUUACAGUCGUAGCCGAAGCCGGAGCUGGAGCAAGGAUCGAACCCGAGACAGAGAGAGAGAUAGAAUUCGUAGCAGGAGCCGGUCACAGAGCAGAACUCGGUCUAAAAGUAGAGAACGGGAUUCGGGAAAGUUGAAGUUAGAUCUGGCCCCGGUCCGGCCCGAGGGGGGGGAUGGCUACACCCCAGCAGCCUUGGUUCCCACUGCAACCACCUCACACUUCCCCGUGCCAACACUGAGUAGCACCAUUACAGUCAUUGCCCCCACACAUCACCAUAGCAACAACACCACUGAAAGCUGGUCGGACUUCCGUCCUGGGCCUCCUGUGGAUCGUGUCCUUUUCAACAGGGGCCCGCCCCCCCAACAGAGGAAACGCUGCCGGGACUAUGAUGAAAAGGGCUUCUGCAUGAGAGGAGACAUGUGUCCUUUUGACCAUGGAAGUGACCCAGUGGUAGUGGAGGAUGUCAAUUUGCCCAAUAUGCUGCCCUUCCAACCUCCACCACUCCCAGGUGUGGACACCCCACCGCCUCCAGGCCUCCCCCCACCNCAAAAAACAGAACCUUGA